CCGGUGCGCCGCCGCUCUUUUUGUGCGUUUUGACGCUGUGUGAAUCUUUAUCUGGAGGAAGAUAACGGCCCCCUCCGGCAGGGACACCAUAAAUCGCUGUCGUACGCUCUCGAUGUGCACAUGUUGUGUGCGUUUUGUGUCGCGUUCGGCUGAGGAGCAGCGCUGAUCCCGGGGCUCGGCUGAUCCUCCUCCUCCUCCUCCUCCGCUGCCGCCGCCACCGCCGCCGCCUCUCGUCCGUUCCCCCGCAGCAGCCGCUAGCUAACUUGACGAUGAUGAUGGCGGUGACGACGGUGCACGACAGGAAUUAUCCCGGUGUCUCCGGCUGAGAUGGAGCCAGCGACGCUCGACUGGAGUCGCCUGCUUGCUAGCUAGCUAGCGAGCUAACGGUGCCCGCCGGGAUCGAGUGCGCUCGAGCCGAGCCGAGCCGGAUAACGUGCGCGCUAAAUGGGUGCAGCCGCAGCUUCAUCCCGCCGCGUUUGCUUUGACAUUAUCAGACAUUUGCACCUCUGUCCGCUUAUUCCACUCAGACUUAUGCCCACUAGCAGCACCGCUAACUCCUCCGAUUAGGGUUAGCUACACGUGACAGCGUCUCUCUGUUGCGACCAUUAGCUGCACCUCUGGCCGUCCUUGGAUGCUUCAGUGACAAUAAUUGGACGGUGUGUAUCAGGAUGGCACAGAUCUUGGACGGAGCCGGCAAACUGGGCUGGGUUCUUCUCAAGUCUGUGCUCCGCUUCGUCUUCAUGUUCCUCAACAACUGUGUAGCCAUCCCCUCCUACUGUAUAUACCUGCUGCUCCUCCAGCCUCUGAGAAUAUGGGACCGCUCCGCCUUCUGGCACAUUGAAGGAAUCAUGUUCAAAUGGUUGCUGGCCAUGGUGUCUUCGUGGGGCUGGAUCGCAGGCUAUACAGUAACGGAGUGGGGUGACGACGUGCGGCCCAUCUCCGAGGAAGAAGCCAUGGUCAUCGUCAACCACCAGUCCACGGGAGACGUGUGCACGCUCAUGAUGUGCCUGCAAGACAAGGGCACGGUGGUACGAAAAAUGAUGUGGUUGAUGGACCAUGUGUUCAAAUACACCAACUUUGGCCUAGUGUCCCUAAUCCACGGGGACUUCUUCAUCAGACAGGGUAAAGCUCACCGAGACAAGCAGCUGGUCUACCUGAAGGACCACCUAGACAAAUACUACCACAGCCGCGACAGGAAGUGGAUAGUGCUGUUCCCCGAGGGCGGCUUCCUUCGCAAGCGGCGGGAAACCAGCCAGCUGUUCGCCAAGAAGCACUCACUCCCCCACCUGACCCACGUCACGCUGCCCCGCCUGGGGGCCGUCCACGUCAUCCUGAAGACCCUGUCCGCCCAGCAGGAGAACGGCAGCGUGGGCGGCGACGCGGGGACCCCCAACCAGACAGCUAAUAAACGUAAAGGCCUGCAGUGGGUAAUAGAUGUGACCAUAGCGUAUCCCAAAGCACGACCCAUGGACAUCCAGACUUGGAUCUUUGGAUACAGGCCUCCGACAGUCACGCAUGUACAUUACAGGAUGUACCCGAUAAAGGAGGUUCCCGAAGAGGCCGAGCCGCUGACCGACUGGCUCUACCAGAGGUUUGUGGAGAAGGAGGAGCUGCUGGCUCACUUCUACGACACAGGAUCCUUCCCUCCCGUAAACGGACAGAAAGAGGCGGUCUCCCGGCAGAUGACCCUUGACCCCGUGUGGCUGUGCGCCAUCCAGUCGCUUGCGUUCGUGUCCGGCUACGUGUGGUACAGCGUCCUCCAGUACCUCUACUGCUGUCUAUUUUGAGUGCGCCGCCGCCGCGGCGGGAGUCUUGAAGCGGACUGCUGGAAAAGCCUCAGGAUCGGUCGGCCGGCGCGCGGCCCCGGCGUCAUACGUGCCCCCCCCCCCUCCUCCUCCUCCGCCUCCUCUUCCUCUUCCUCCUCCCCCCACGAUGGAUGAAUGUACAUUUGCUACAGUGGAGAGACUCAACAGGAAACAAGAAAAAAAAAAACAACAAACAUACGGAGACGAACCCACAGGUUACAGUGUGAAGCUGGUCACAGGCAGUUAACUUGCACACACUCGCUCCAGCGGCCUCUAGCGGAAUAAUCUCUCUCUCUCUCUCUCUCUCCGUCUCUCACUCGUCACCUCUCACAUUUCGAUGUUUACACGUCCUCUCAUACACGUAGGCGCUCACACCUGACAUGACUUUUUAUUCCAAGUGAACGAAACGAGGCUCAGGACUCCUCCAGAAGACGCUCUGGACCGGACUCCCCCCCCCACCUCCCCCCCUCCCUCCUGGGCUUUGGCCGUAGUAGUUUUACAGAGUUUAAAACGUGCGUGAACGUGUGUGUGUGCGUGUGCGUGCGCGAAUGGAAGUGUGUGACUAGAAGCAUAAUGUCUGCCCUGAGUUCUUCUUCCCGGCGAGAGUCGAUGAAGCCCACUGGACCUCUGUGGCCGAGCCUGCUGACGGGGCCCCUCCCAGAGCGAGCCGCCGGGGGCCGCUCCUCUGGCCCUCAUUGCACUAAAAGGAUCCAUACUGCCCUAACUGCCCCCUCAGUCGUAGCCGUCAGUGUUUGUUUUUCGUUUUUUGUUUUUUUCUGUUCAUCGUUGUUUAUUCGCUGAGAGAGGAAAAACAAAACAAAACAAAACAAAAAAAAAAAAAGCAGGGGCGGGGUCAUGUUUACACUGCUGAAAGCCCGAGAGGACGGCGGCCCGAGUCGCAAAGGAUCGUUUUCUGUGACAGACGAGACCUGCUGUGACACUUCGGAGAGGGAUGAAAGGAAAACGUGGGGAGAGAUCCGCAGUCUGAUCGCGUUUAAAAAAAAAAAAAAAAAAAAGGAAAGAGAAAAAAAAAAACCCCCUCGUGUGUGUGGAUUCCCCCUGUUUCGCCCCCCCCUGCUCUCCACAGCCAUGUGCAGCUCCACGUCUGUCUCAAGGAUCGAUUGGGCAGAGGCAGACCGGCAGGGCAGAGACUCCGAACUCCCCCAUUGGACUACUUAGUUUUACAAAUAUUUAAGCCAUAUGCUUAGUGUCGUCGGGGUGAGAGAAAAAAAAAACGACCUUAAAAAAAGGUGAAUUUGUUUAUUUUGGUUUUUUUUUGUUUUUUUUUUUUUGUUUUGUUUUUUAUAGAAAGCUACCCUAAUGUUCAGCAUUCUACAAUAGAGAUUUUGGCUUACAGAACUAUAGGUGUCAUUACUGUAAAUUUACAGCAUAACCUGCCUAAGUGAGUGUGUGUGGUUGUCUUAUUCCCCCCCCCCCCGCCCUCCGCCACCCCCCCGAUCUCUCCAUGUUUUGAUCUUUAUGACUGGUGUGGCGUCGCUCUGCGGCAGUCUCACCUCCUCCGCUGGUCAAAUUUCAUUUCAUUUUAAGUCACUCGAGCUGUUCCGGUGGGUUUCAAAGAGUUGGCAUGAGGGCGGGGGGCGACGUAGCGAACGUAGAGAUACAGCAAACUGAAAACAUUUCAAGUUGGAAGCGGAGAAUUAAGUGAAAACUGAUCAGGUAUUUCAAAUUGAAAACAUGAUUUAGAUUUAGAAAAAAAAAAAUCAAGCUUUUCCUGCUUUAUCAAACCCAGAUAUUUCAUAUUUAAAGCACUGAAGGUCCCUGCUAUUUUUGAAUCGACUCCCCCUCCCAACACUUCGAAACCCCCCAGAACUGCUCUGUCCUCUUGUCACUGUGUGUUUAAAUCUUGUACAUAAAGAAGCUGAGGAAGUUGUCGGACACGACUGCAGCGUCUCUCUCUCUCUCUCUCUCUCUCUCUCUCUCUUUUGAUCUCUGGUGAUUUCAGAGAAAUUUAUUUUGAAUGUUUGGAGAAACAUAUUUCCCUUUUAAAUAAAGCCACAUCCGUAAAGAACAUGCAUUUGGAUGAGUGAAACCUGAAGGACAGACCGGCCUGCAGUCACUCUGCUUCAUCCAACGUAUCGUUACGGAGCGUCGGAGCCCAUUCCAGCUGAGUUUGUGAACGUUGGGACAGAAAUCUGUUCUGAGGAAGCUGUCAGUUAGGAUUUUAUUCUGCACAUUGUUUCUAAGUAUUAAUCUGAUUCAAGUGUUUUAGAUUUUGUAAUAAAAAA